CCAGCAUUGAACAGUCAGUACAGGUUCAAUCAGAAACCUAUGCAGGUUUCAUUGAUUACUUCAUACAUACAGCACUGCACUAAUAGUACAAAUACCUAUAACUACAUAUAUAACAUGGUCAUCGGGAGAAGAGAGAGAGCGCGCGAAGAAACACUAUGGAAAUAACUAGUUUGUGGUGGAUCAAUUUGAUUAUAACUAAAAGACACCGGUUAAGGUGACAUCCCUUCCCUGCAGUGCGCAUUCCUCAAUCACAACGGCACCACCGUAUCAGCUAUUUCUACAACUACACUUAAGGAACUGGAAAUGAAACUUUUGCGUAUCUCUGUUUCUGCGAGCAUUUCUAGUUUCGUUUGCUGUUCCGUUUCCAUGCGAUUCCGUCUGUUCCAUUGGUUUCACGGGUUCCACCGGUUCCAUUCAAUGUUUUGUUCCAUUCAUCCAUCCAUCUCCAUCAACUACGUCGAAGCUGUACAUAGUAAGUACAGCUACUUUUACUAGUUAUAAUACAACUAGCCAGUCAACUAGUCAGGUUUUGCUAGUCCAAAGAGAAAGUUUAGUGUUAUGCCAGUUCCACUUCCCGAUUCGGAUUCCGAGGACGAGUUGCCUCCUGCGUGGGAAGAGCGAGCGACCACCGAUGGCUUUGUUUACUACGUAAACCAUCAAAGUAAAGCAACUCAGUGGACCCAUCCCCGUACCGGAAAGAUGAAACGAGUGUCCGGUGAUCUACCGAUCGGCUGGACUAAACAAGUGGAGGAAGCAACCGGAAAGAUUGUGUUUACCGAAGAAGCCACCCAGAGAAAAUCUUACAGUGAUCCUAGACUAGCUUUUGCCGUUGAAGAAGCUCCCCAAGUUGUUGGACAACUGCGUCAGCGAUUCGAUAGUAGUACGAAUGCUCUUCAAGUACUGCAUGGACGUGAUCUUAGUGGGAAAAUAGCAAUUAUUACUGGCGCCAAUACUGGUAUUGGCUUCGAGACCGCGCGCUCGUUAGCUCUACAUGGAUGUGAAGUAAUUCUUGCUUGCCGUAAUGAAAAAUCAACGAACCAAGCCAUUGCCAGGAUUCGAAGCGAGAAAGAAUCAGCUGGCAAACUAUGUAAAUUUUUCAAAUUAGAUUUAGCCAGCCUGCGUUCUACGAAAGAAUUCGCGGAACAAAUUAAGGCUAAAUAUAAGCAUAUUGAUAUGCUUAUCCUCAACGCUGGGGUUUUUGCUUUACCUCACUCUUUAACAGAGGAUGGCUACGAAACUACAUUCCAAGUGUGCCAUUUGUCACACUUCUAUUUGACCAACUUGCUAUCAGAUAUUGUCGACCAUACUUCAAGAGUUGUUAUAGUUUCAUCCGAAUCACAUCGCUUCAGCAUGCUUCGCACUAGUGAUAUAACCGAAAGCAAUCUUUCACUGCCCGCCAAUAAGUAUUGGAGCAUGAUUGCAUAUAACAACGUAAAGCUAUUCAAUGUUUUGUUUGCGUUUGAACUUGCCAAACGGUGGAAAACUCGUGGCAUUUCUGUGUUUGUACUGCAUCCCGGCAACUUAAUUUCGUCGGAUAUUUCUCGCAACUGGUGGUUUUAUAGGCUGAUUUUUGGCCUUGUAAGACCAUUUACCAAGUCGUUGCAGCAAGCUGCCAGUACGACUAUUUAUUGCGCCACUGCACACGAGCUGAAUGGACUGACUGGACUGUACUUCAACAAUUGCUACGUUUGCGAGCCUGCCAGAAGUGCGAAGAACGAACGCAAGCAAGAAGCUCUGUGGGAACUUAGCGAAAGCAUGAUCGAACGGAUUUCCAAAUAGUUUUGUACUUUUUGCUUAACCAAUUGUUAAUAACUUUUUAUUUUGAUCAAUAAUAUAUUUUAC